GGUGCGCCACACGGAGAAUGGGAAGGCGAUGAUCAAGCUCCUGCAGAUCGAGGACGUCGACUCCCAGACGCAGGGCCUGGCGCUCCUCCGCCGCGUGUACCCGCACACCAGCAACGUCUUCGCCAGCCGCCUGAGCGACCCGGCGUGCAUCUCCUCGCUGAUGCUGAUCCUGCAGACCUCUGGGGGCUCUCCCUGGGCCUUGGAUUGCCCAGCGGAUCAGGACGCCAUCCAGGGCUUCGCCGCUCUGUGCUCCGAGUGCGUGCACUUCCUGCGGCUGGUCACCCGGGAGCACGGCGACGUGCGGAUGAUCGUCACCUUCCAGGACGGCGUCGAGGCCCUGCUGGCCAUCGUCGCGCAGGCCCUGGGCGCGCCCGCCUGCGCGGCCUGCGACGCCUUCUUCCGGAUCGCGGCGGACGCCUGCGCCUGCGUGCGGCAGCUCGCGGACCACGACGCGGUCGCCCGGAAGUACAUGCGCGAGGCGGGGCACCUGGCGGGCGUGAUGAGGACGCUGCGCUGCGCCGUCGGCUCGCUGGAGGCGGCGCCGGCCGCGCGGGCCAGGCUGGAGGAGCUGGCCGUCUCGCUCCUGGACAUCAUCGCCGUGUUCGUCGGUCAGGCCCCGGCAGGGCGAUGC